AAGUUUCACUCGUUUUGCAAUUUUUCUACAACUAAUGAACAUGUACCACUAAUCUUCCUCUUCCUCUUCUUCUCGAAACUUGGAAAACCAUGGCUUCUCUAUCUCCAACAAUCGCAUGCCAUAGCAGGAAUCCUACACAAUACAAUCGGGUUUAUCCAUUUUUGAGAAGCUCUAUUCUAUCUCUACCUUCUCAUUUCGUAUUCUUCCAUUCUCCAAUCCUUCACUCCCCUACUUCCCCAAUUCAUCUCCAUUGUUCAUUUCCUGCGUCCCCUUUAAAACCCAACCGUUCGAUUCUCCGGUCAAGCCCUGGCCCACCUCCUCCUCCAGGAAAGGACUCUCAACUUUCCACCGAUUUUGCAGCAACCUUUUCUAGGCUCUGGGACAAAGUGCAGAUAUUUUUUGCAGUUCUUUUCUGGAUAUCACUAUUUUUUUGGUCAUCUGCUUUUGAUGGGAGGAAUUCGGGACGAAAAAACAAAAGAGAUCGUUUUAGAAAGUAACUCUGUAAGCUAUUUUUUAUGUACAGUCAUAUAAGCUUAGAAUAGUCUAUAUAGUACAUGUAUACUUAUGUUGGUUCAUUCGUUCAUCCUACUCUUCCUGCAUUUCUGCUAUGUACUUGUGGUUUUGUGCAUGAAGAUCGGAGAGUAGUAAAUAAUAAGUUUCUCUUCUCUUCGGGGAUGGAUUUCCGCAAUUAUGAUAAUGUAAGUUUCUUUUCAUCGUCCAAUGGAUUAAAGAUAGGCCGUUAAGAUAUAUGACUGUUCAUUUUUCAAUGAAUCAUCACCCUGAAAAUGAUCCUCAUCCAAUUAGCCCGAAUUUUAUGUUGAGCUUCGUGUUAUUUAAAUACACUCUUAUACUGUAUUUUCUACUACUCUAGCUGGUUGAUACCCGAACCGUUUAGUCAUAUCAUAGGUAUGUCCUCUAUGCUCGAGUUAUGGAGAAAGUAGAAACAGAAACACCAGUAUAAAAUUUUUCCAUGUGAGAACAUGUAUGAUCGAUAAUCAUUAUUUGUUAUCUACUUUAAUCUUCUCAGAGCUUAUUGUGAUUAUGUGCUCAAUGCCCGGCAUUGCUGGUGAUUUUUUGAAAGGUAAGAUGCUUAUAAAUGACUUUUCCAGAAGAAAUUGCAGUUUGGUGCUAUAUCUUGUACUUAGACGUGUGCAAUGGGCCAGAUAUGAGUCGGAUGUUUUGAAAGAGAUUGGGCUCAAAAAGGUCUUGCGAAAAAUGGAUCAAUUUCUAUUUAGUCCGGUAUGUUUAACGCUCAGCCAUUUUAGAAUCCGCGUGAUAAUGAUUGAAUCCGGGCUUUCAAUGGGCUUCCGGCUUGUUGCAUAGUCUCUUGCACAUAAUGUUGAUCUUUCCGAACUCUUUACGCAUCACGUAUGUUAAUCUUUCCAAACUCUUUGAGCGUCAUGUCGACCAGCCCAACUGCCCCUUGUGAAGAAGGGUGCAUUUCUUUCCAAUUUCCAUGUUUUGAAGACUUCUGAGUUUGCAGCCUUCUACAUUGGAGAAGCAAAUAAUUUUAAAUGAACUCUUGUCAUGGCUCAUGGCUCAUGGCAAGACAAACCCCAUUGAGAUCAAAUUGACCAGUUCGGAAGAAUUUAUUGAUGGCAUUGAGCUAUGCCCAUCUUACUUUGAAUGCAAGGUUCGACACAGUGCCAAAAGUUUUGCAACAAGUCUUGUAUGAGAUAUAUUCAGCUAUAUAUCUAAUGUUCACUUUAAUAUUGUAAGUGAUUAUUGUAAAUUUAUAAUUGAUCACUUUAUUUAAAAAUUGCAAGUAAGCACUUCAAGCUUAUCAUCACUUCAAGAUAAGUGAUUACUUUAAGCUUAAAAGUGAUCACUUUAGGACUAUAAGAAGUGAUUACUUAUAAAUAUAAGUGAACACUUUAAGUUCAAUUAUUUUAAGAGUAUAAGUAUACAUUGAGUCAGAUUAAUAGCAAUCUCAAGGUUGUCUCAUUUUAGAAUUUAUAAAAAUUUUGAUUGAUGUACUAUUUCUGAUUUUAUGUCAUGCACUAAACUUUUUCCA